AACACCCUAAAUUGUAAACCUAUACAUCAAUUAAUUAAACGCGAAAACCUUUGCUCAGCCAAAAUGGGUAGUGACAUUAGAAACGACUCCAGUAGCAGCGGGGAGGAAGACGGCGACGCUGAGUGGAGAGCCGCCAUAAACUCCGUCUCGUCAACCACUCCUUCCAACGGCUCCGCCGCUGUCAAUGGAACAACCACAACUUCUACCGCUUCUCCCACUCGCGAAAAUCAAGCCAACUCUAAGAGCAUCAAACUCUACCACAUCAAGGCACAGAAGCUAUUGGAUGACAUAUUGGAAAAGACGAUAGAAGUAGUGAAACAUCAGCCAACGAAAGUUGCAGAAAACCAUUCUGAUGUAAACGGAGGAGGUGUUAGAUUGUUUCGAGAUGCUCCAGUAGGAAUAUUAUUCGAUCAAACUGAAGAACUUCAAGGGCCAUUAAAGCGACCAAGAAUCAUCCCUAAUGUAGAGAUUGAUGAGAAAUCAAGAAAGUUUAGAAAGCAAAUAAAAUCGGUUGUUGUUGAAGGAGAUGAUAUAUUGGUGUCAGCGAAAGAAGGUAGAGAAAAGCGUUUAGCGAAGCUUGAAGCCAUGGAUGCAGCUUCAAAAGCAAAAGCUAGAAGAGAAGAAGAGAGAGUUGCAGACCUGAAAAAGAUUAGAGGGGAAAGAUGGUUGCCUGCUAUUGCUAGAGAAAUGAGAUCCAAGUAAACAUUUUUUUUUUUUUUUUUUUUUUAAAAUUUUAAUUUGCAUCAUUUUUGUAUGUACAUUGAAAUUGAUCACAAUGUGACAUUUUUGAAAGAAUUUUUGUUGUAGUGCAAAUGUCAGUGAGCAUAGUGGUGUUUGAAGGAUAA